GAUCACCCUCCUUUCGCCUCCUUCGCAUCUCCUUCCUCUCCCCCUAUACCUACACACCGACCCUCACCGCUGUCGAUGCGCACGUCUCGUAUCCAGCGCGGGCCUGCUUGAAUCCGACCAUUCCAGCCCAGCCCCCUUAUGCAGCAUCGGAGCGAGCUGCAUGAUAACCUAGUUGCCCCCGGUCCAAUCGUUCCCACCUGUCGGCCUAGCUCGCAGCUAUCUAGGCGAGCAUACCGCAGCAUGUCCGCCCUUUCGAGUGGAGACCCUCAGCGUCCCGAAACGCCUGAUAGUCGCAUGAGAGGCGAGAACGUCCCCGAGCUCGUGCAAUUGUUCCAAGCCCAGAACUCGUCCCCCAAUGGGAAUAUCCAAGCCUCGGGGGCUCGCGAUUUCCUGAAGGCUGGCCAUCGGCGCUUGCGACAGCUCGCUCAGCGCCAGAAGAAACCAGUGGACCCCAAGGUAAAGGCUGAGGAAGCAUCCAAGCAAUUGCUGGCGCUGCAAAACGCGGGCUUCCUUCCCCCUCCGAGACCGAAAAGAUCGGAGGCCAAGCAGAGUCUGGACUCGACUGUGUCGAGCUCGAAUCUGAGCUUCAAGUCUAGUUCACGGCGGGAUGUGGAGCGCAUUGGACAGCCAUGGCUGGAUGAUCCGUUGGAGAAGAUGGAUACGCGUGGAACAAAGGACAGUCAGUUGUCUUCGAUUGAUAUCAGAGAUCUAACCUCGUUGGUUGAGGCUUCGGUCUCGUUUUCUCACCAUGAGGAUGGAAACUUUCCGCCUUAUCAACCAAUGAUAGAGUCAAGCAGUAUUGCAGGUGAUGAGUAUACUCACAAGCAAUACGAUGCUGGUGGCCCUGGUUUACAAAAUAAAAUGCUGGAGAAUGGGGAGCUGCAGAAACAUGAAACAGAAGCUCCUCCCAAGACUCCUAGCACAGAGCAGGCUGCCGGCUCUGAUUCCAAGGCAUCGUCUGUCGCGCCGGAUGCCGGUGCUUCGGAUGACAGUCGCCAACAGUCAAGCACUGAGCAGACUCGUGAUUCCAAGCCAGCCGAGUGCAAAGAUGCGCCGGUAAAGUCCGCGCGCAACUCAACCUCGUCCAGCGUAUCGACGUCGUCACAGACCCCGGCGCACACGCUGAAACUCUUCCCUGAUCCGAUGCCUCCACGGGUCUCAAGCAAAGGAGCCUGGCGCAUAUCGAACGGCCGUCCCCCAAACAGGCCUCUCCCAGUGACUCCGGAAAACCGUGAAAUCCGGCCAGAGGACAAGCCAUCCACAGCCAAAUCUGGCGGCGACAACCAAAAACUCUCGUCUAACAACACCCCGAUCACAAAAUCCUACAACAAUGAUUCGAGCGGCUCGAGCCCUGACUCAUUAGCACUACCUCACAAUCUGACUGAACUUUCGGCCGCCAGUCCAAUCCAUGAGAAGUUUCCCCGUCCGUUAACGAAUCGUCGUCCCGCGUCCCUGCCACUGGGUGCGAUCAAUGCAUUUCCUCUCCCAGCGCCCAUGCGACCACUGCCUUCUCUCCCGGAGCCAGUCCCUGGCAUUCAUGCGGGUCGGGACAAGAAGAAAGCCAGUGGGAACCGUACGUCCCAAACUAAGUCCAAUAACUCGGAUCCUCGAUCGUCGGGCGAAAUCUCAGGGACCAGCUCCAAGGAGACUGGUGUCUACCCUGACGCUCUGUCUGGGGCGAAAGAGAACAAAGACCCAGCUGCUAUCAUGCAAAAUGGCGCAUCCAAGACCUCUCCUUCAAAACACUCCGACUCUAAAGAGGUGGUGAUUACCGGACCCAGUCGAGCGGAGAGGGUGCGGGCCUUGAAGAUGAAGGAUAUGUCUGCCAGUCGCCUCUACCUCAAGGGUGGAGAAAAGGCUUCCAAAGAGGACCAAUCCUCCAAGUCCUCGCGAUCUCACACAGAGUCGUCGCAGCCAGCUAGCGGAGGAUCCAUUGAUUCUCGACUGAGUGAGGCCAAUUCUCUUUCGCCGCCACUCUCUCCUUUGCUUUCCAAACCACUCAGUUUCCCUGUCAGCAAGCACAUCUCAGGCAAACGCUCCUGCAGCUCACCUGUUUACUCGAGCGGAAGUGAUAAACCCACUUCGCUACCCGGAUCCAACCGAGACUCACGAGUAAGUCGAAGCAGCAGCGCACAGAGUGCAGAUGUGAUCCACGAGGACUUGCCAAUCGGGCAGAGUCCACCGGAUCGCGCCGAAAGCCCUCUUCCUUCCUCCGAGGACGAAUGUAUCGGCGUCAGCUCGCACAAGGACCACCAGUCGCGUCCACACCCCUCGCAUCGACAGACUAGACCGGCUCCCCUCUCCAUCGGCGACCAUGCCACCCAGCGCGCACGGCACUCCAAGAAGCUUCUACAUGAAUCUAUCGGUCCGUCGACUCCCCGGACUCGCAGGAGCCGCGGUGUCGAGAAGCUAUCGCCGCAGUCACAGUUUUCUCAGAGCACCUUUUACUCUCAGGACUCGCGGGGCAGUCGGCAUCGUGCGUAUGCCUUGAAUCUGGAAGGACGUAUCGCGCAUCUUGAGCGCCAAAACACGAUUCUCCAGGCAGCUCUCCUGGCCGCUCUGGAUGUCGGCGUCAAGCCGAACCUCGAGGCUCUCCUUGGAGGCUCGAGCACCUCGUCUGCGUCCGGCACCGGGCGGACUUACUCGUCCACGACCAAUUCAUCCAGCGUAGAGGAGCUCCCUCGACGGAGCAAGACCAAAGAACAAUCCUGCUAUCGUCAGGAAAGCUGGAUCGCCAGUCCCGGGUCCAGUCGACGCGAUAGCUACGGGUCCUCAGACGACAGCACCAAUGUCCGCGAGUUAGAAGACAUGAUCGAGGACUUCGACUUUGACUGGAUCUUGGAUAAGGAUAAGCCUGGCUCUGAGAGACACCCGUUGGGGCGCAAUUAAUCUUUUUUUCUUCUUCUCGUCGUUCUUACAUUCAUUUUUUGCAUUAUUUCCUGGGCGGCUACUUGACUGAAAAUACUUUCUCUUUUAUCGUGCACAC